AUGUCCAGCUCCAAUCAAGGAUCCAACGGUCCCUCGACAUCGGCUCUCCCUUCCCCCUCUCCCGACUCUCCCUCUGCGUCGGACAUGUCGUCGUCCGGCAUCUCGCUCGGACUGGCUCGCAUUCACCGCCUUCUCUCGUGCCUCCACUCGCCCCACCUCUCGACACCGAUCAUCCACAUCUCCGGAACGAAUGGCAAAGGAUCCGUAUCAUCGUACCUCUCCUCGGUGCUCACCGUCGCCGGUCUUCGCGUGGGAAGGUUCAAUUCCCCCCACUUGGUCGACGAAUGGGAUUGUCUCACUCUCCCCCACAACCGGACCGUCCCUCGCAAGAUCUACGAAUCGACCAAAGCUCAGGUCAUGCACACGAACAAGCUCGAGCAGAUCGGUGCGACCCCAUUCGAGAUCCUCACCGCGACCGCUUACUCAGUCUUUGCCUCGACCGAACCCAAAUUGGAUCUCGCGGUCAUCGAAGUCGGGAUGGGUGGAGCCACAGACGCGACCAAUGUCGUCCCGGCGGACAAGACGCUGAUGUCCGUCAUCACUUCGAUCGAACUGGAUCAUCAGAAGUUCCUUGGGAAUACGAUCGCUGAGAUCGCAGAGGUCAAGGCGGGAAUCAUCAAAAAGGGGACCGAGAUCGUUUUGGCACAGCAGAGGCAUCAGGAGGUACAAGACGUCGUCAAAAGGAUAGCAAAACAACAAGAGGCGAGGUUGUACAUUGCUGGAGAAGCUCUACCUCAUCACGCCACCUCGAACGCUUCUACGCAAAACUCGUCGUCGCCCACUUCUUCCCUCGUCUCAAUCCCUUUGGCUCCCAUCUCCUCCCACCCUCCUUCCCUCCCCCCAACGCGCUCCACAAUCCUUCCCAUCUCGAUCCAAGCGAACCUCCCUCUCCCAGGUUCCUACCAAUACCAAAAUAGUGCCGUUGCCCUGCUCGCUGUCGAACUGCUCCGUACCUCCUCCCGUCCUCUUUCCCUUGUCCCGGCUUUGUCAAACGUUUCUCCCCUGGCCUACCAAAAAGGAAUUGAAGCGACUCGGUGGGCAGGACGAUUGGAUUGGGUUAACCUCCCCUCUGAAAUCAGUAGGACCAAACACCCCAUCUUGAUCGACGGAGCGCACAACCCUUCAUCAGCCGAACAACUCUACCAAUACCUGCAAACCCUUACCGAGGACUCGGCACCGACGACGUUGAUCAUUGCGAUCUCGGCUCCGAGACCACCGACGGUACUCUUGGAACCCCUUUUUAGACCCCGAGGAUCGAUCCGCAAGGUCGUGUGUGUAGGUUUUAGUCAUCCCGAUGGGAUGCCUUGGAUAGAACCGACGCCCCCCGAAGAGAUCAGGAAGAUCCUUCUUCGUGAGCCAGCGUUCGAGCACGUGCAAGAGGUGCAGGUCUUUGGGGACGUUGAGCAGGCUUUGAAGAGUUUAGGGGAGGGGGAUCGGGUCGUGGUGGCGGGGAGUUUGUAUUUGGCCGCGGAUGUGUAUCGGUUGAUCAGAAGGGGGAGGGAAGGGGACGUGGAGGCGGAGGCGGAUGCAUAA